AAAAAUAAAAUGGAGGGACUGCAAGCCUCACACAACAGUAGGAUACACAAAUUUGACCUACCUCAGAAAACGUGAGGAAAAAUGACGUCAUAGAGUUGAGGAAUAAACGGCAGCGCUGAUUGGAACAAUCUACCAGAGAGUGUUGUGACGGCACCGAGUGUGAGCUCUUUCAAGACAAGACUUGACCAACACUGGAGCGGGUUCAGGUACAUUCAGGAGUUGGUGCAUGCCCAGUACCUGCCAACAGUGCGUGACAGAGACGACCGAUUGCCCAGGCGGCUAGUGAGCCGAUCUUUUGGUGAAGAAGAUAAAUGUAAAGGAAAAAUGGCUGCAUAGCUCUGAUGCGGCCGUAUCACCUCACGUCCAGAAAAUGACUCAAAUUUCAUCAUAUCAUAACAUAAAGGUGUGAGUGGACGGAUGUAAGAAAGGACCGUUAUGGUAACAUCAGGAGGCCAUCCCACACAAACAUCUCCCACCACAACUUAGUAUUAAAGCUCUAUAAAACAAGAGGCAGAACAAUUCCUCACAGCUGUGCAAUAAGUCAGUACAGUAUGAGGAUUAAAGAACAUUUUUCCGAGAACAUUGUAACCAUAAUUAAGGUAAAUGUCAACUCUCCAAUUGUUAAACAAUAUGAAAGUCAAGUUGGUGUUCUAGGAAACAGUGAGAAUAAAAACAAGAUUCACACAAGUGAAUCUCUCCUGAAAAUAUCAUUUAAGUGGUUCAUUGUGUUAUAUAUUAUCUAAAUACAGGAUGAAGAGUGUUGCAAUGUUCAAACUAAACUAUUACCUUGUGACUUGCACUUGUGUACACUGCUAAUAUAUGUUCCAAUAUAUAAAUGUGACAAGUGUUUGCUGUGCUUGUGUACUGUUGAGACAAAGUUCACUUGUGGUAAAUGUUUCUCAUACAAGAGUAGCUCAAGAACCACAUACAUGUGCAGAAUUAUUAAUGCAAAUUUAGUUGUGAAAAGUGGAUAACCUUUGUAUGCGGUGCUGAAGUUACCCAAAUGUGUGUACACUGAUGGAUAUAUUUUCUUGUAUGGAGUGUUGUAAAGUGUGUAAAAGAUGGCCCAGUUUAUGAAUCAAAUAGCAGGACCUAGUGGGCCAAAUAAUGAUCAGUGUGGGGAAGUUUUUGGCAGUAAUGAUGCUUUGAAAAUGCAUACAUGUACAGAUGAACACAUAGAUGAUAAGAUAAGUAUUAAGUGUGAAGAGUUUGAAGAAAGCUUUAACAGUGAUUAUGAUGAGACACGUCAUGUGACUGCUGAUGAGACAGUCAUUAAGUGUGAAGAGUUUAAUGAAUGCUUUAGCAGUGACUAUGAUGGGACACAUCAUGUGACUGCUGAUGUGAAAGAUAUUAAGUAUGAAGAGUUUAAUGGAAGCUUAAACAGUGACUAUGAUGGGACACAUCAUGUGACUGCUGAUGUGAAAGAUAUUAAGUGUGAAGAGUUUGAUGAAAACUUUAGCAGUAACUAUGAUGGGACACAACAUGUGACUGUUAAUGAGAAAGAUCUUAAUGAAGAGAGUGGUAAAAGUUAUUACAGAGAAGACAAACUGAAGCAGCAUAUGGUUGUACACACUGGUGAGAAGAAUUUUGAGUGUGAAGAGUGUGGUAAAAGUUAUUACAGAGAAGGCAAACUGAAGCAGCAUAUGGUUGUACACACUGGUGAGAAGAAUUUUAAGUGUGAAGAGUGUGGUAAAAGUUAUUACAGAAAAAGUGAUCUGAAGAAUCAUAAGAUUGUACACACUGGUGAGAAGAAUUUUAAGUGUGAAGAGUGUGGUAAAAGUUAUUUCAGAAAUUGUGAACUGGUUUAUCAUAUGCGUGUACACACUGGUGAGAAGAAUUUUAAGUGUGAAGAGUGUGGUAAAAGAUAUUACAGAAGUUGUGCACUGUAUGAUCAUAUGCUUGUACACACUGGUGAGAAGAAUUUUAUGUGUGGAGAGUGUGGUAAGAGUUAUUACAGAAGACAUGAACUGCAGGAUCAUAUGCGUGUACACACUGGUGAGAAGAAUUUUAUGUGUGGAGAGUGUGGUAAAAGUUUUUACAGAAAUUAUGAACUGCAGAAGCAUAUAGUUGUACACACUGGUGAGAAGAAUUUUAAGUGUGGAGAGUGUGGUAAAAGUUGUAACAGAAAAGCUGAUCUGAAAAAUCAUAUGGUUACACACACUGGUGAGAAGAAUUUUAAGUGUGAUGAGUGUGACAAAAGUUAUUACAGAAAAAGUGAACUGAAAGUACAUAUGGUUAAACACACUACUGAGAAGAAUUUUAAGUGUGAUGAGUGUGGCGAAAGUUAUUACAGACUUACUGAAUUGAAGAAGCAUAUAGUUGCACACACUCGUCAGUAUUUUAAGUGUGAAGAGUGUGGUAAAAGUUAUUCUACAAAACCCAUUCUGAAGAGGCAUAUGGCUAGACACACUACUGAGAAGAAUUUUAAGUGUGAAGAGUGUGGUAAAAGUUAUUAUACAAAAGGUGAUCUGAAAAAACAUAUGGUUAGACACACUACUGAGAAGAAUUUUAAGUGUGAAGAGUGUGGUAAAAGUUAUUACAGAAAAGAACAUCUGAAGAGGCACAUAUAUAGCUGUGCACACUGGUAAAAAGAAUCUUACAUGAAAGUUUAAGGGAAAGAUCUUAUAGAAAAUUUGACUGGAGAACUGUAUGGUCUUGUGUGUUGGUAAGAAUUAUUCAAGUUCAUAUAAUAGAUUACUAAUAUCCAGAAAAGAUGUUCUGGACAUGGAUAAUUGGUUAUCCACCUGGUAACACUUUAAUGUGAUGUUAUGGUGGAGAAUUAUAUGAGUACUGUAUGUUAUCUUCACCAAUGUCACACCUGGUACUAAAGUGAAGGCUGGUCACUGCACUAUGUCCUCACUCUUGGUUCAGUUAGAUAUAGAUAUUCCUGUUAGGUUCACUAGGAGUCACAAAUAAUAUGUUUGGGUGUUUAUCUUAUUGUUAAUGUUCCAAGUAAACACUUGGCACCUUUUCCAUUUAUUAUAAAAAUAUAUAGUUUUAGCAUAUCACAAUCUGUUGGGUUUAUUUAUGAAUUAACCAACACAGGGUUCUGAGAGAAUUAUCGGGCUCAGGGCUAGAGCCGGCAGUCACACGUCUAGGCAGGGUGCUGUACAGUCUUGAUCUCUGUACCAGCCAUUAACUUGCCUACUUAGUUGACAGGUUUACUGGGCCGUGGAGGUGACCUGAAUGUCUUCUGCAAUGUGACCGGAUAUGAUGUGUUUGAUCUAUGCAUUCCUGUGUGGAACAUAACUA